AUGGCUUUUGCUUAUGCUUAUAAUUUGUUCUAUAACGUACGCGUACCGGUUCUUGUUGAACAUAUGCUGGAUGAUUUAUGUCAUCCACUUGUUUAUGUACGAGAUCAUAUCAAUGAACAUUGCCCAGAUGCUGAUCCAGAUCAAAUAUUUCUUUCUGGCCAUUCAGCUGGUGCACACUUAGCUAGUUUACUUGUUCUUGAUGAAUCUUAUUUUCAUCGACACGAAUUUUCUCUAUCAAACGUACACGGUGUUAUAGCUACGAGUGAAAUAUACAGUCUAACAAAUCCAAUACAUGAUUCAAAAAUGAAUAUUCAAAAUUUAAUAUUUCGUUCAUUUUAUUCAAUUAAUUUACUUUAUCCGAAAGAAAAAAAAACUAGAUGA